AUGGCAGUAGGCUCGCUAGCCGAUGCUCCCAAGGACCUCCUCAAAGAGAUCAAGCACCUUGAGGAGCUGUUUACUGUCGACACUGCAAAGCUCAAGGAAAUCACGCAUCACUUUAUAGGAGAGCUUGAAAAGGGACUGAGCGUUGCGGGGGGGAGCAUUCCCAUGAACCCAACAUGGGUCAUGUCCUACCCGAGCGGUUACGAGACCGGAACCUUCCUGGCCCUGGACAUGGGCGGCACCAACCUGCGCGUGUGCCAGGUCACCUUGACGGACCAAAAGUCCGAAUUCGACAUUAUCCAGUCCAAGUACCGCAUGCCCGAGGAGCUGAAAACGGGCGAGGCCGACGAGCUCUGGGGGUACAUUGCCGACUGCCUGAUGCAGUUCAUUGAGACACACCACGGUGACACCUCCAAGCUAGAUAAGAUUCCGCUCGGCUUCACCUUCUCGUACCCCGCUACACAAAACUACAUUGACGAGGGCAUCUUGCAGCGGUGGACCAAAGGGUUUGACAUUGCCGGAGUCGAGGGCCACAAUGUGGUGCCCAUGUUCGAGGCAGCCCUUGCACAGCGGGGUGUUCCCAUCAAGCUGACUGCGCUGAUCAACGACACCACCGGCACGCUGAUUGCGUCUGCAUACACCGACCCCAAGAUGAAGAUUGGCUGCAUCUUUGGCACAGGCUGUAAUGCCGCGUAUGUCGAGGACUGCGGUUCGAUCCCCAAGCUCGCCCACUUGAAUCUCCCUCCUGAGACGCCAAUGGCCAUCAACUGCGAGUGGGGAGCCUUCGAUAACGAGCACAAGGUUCUACCUCGCACUCCGUACGACGAGGCGAUUGACCAGCAAUCGCCUCGUCCUGGCCAGCAAUCGUUCGAAAAGAUGAUUGCAGGCUUGUAUCUUGGAGAAAUUUUCCGCUUGGUUAUGGUCGAUCUGCAUGACAAUAGUGAUACCCACAUCUUUGCUGGCCAGGACAUCUCAAAGCUUCGCCGGCCCUAUACCUUGGACUCUUCGUUCCUGUCUGCUAUUGAGGAGGAUCCGUUUGAGAAUCUCUCCGAGACUUUGGAUCUGUUCCAAACCAAGCUGAACAUUACUCCCAAUCUGCCCGAGCUCGAGCUCAUCCGCCGGACAGCCGAGCUUAUUGGCACGCGCGCAGCCCGCCUUUCGGCCUGCGGCGUUGCCGCCAUCAGCCUCAAGAAGGGCUACCACAACUGUCACGUGGGCGCCGACGGUUCGGUAUUUAACAAAUACCCGCACUUCAAAGCCCGCGGGGCGCAGGCACUCCGUGAAAUCCUCGACUGGCCGGAGAAGACCGACCCUAAGGAGGAAGACCCCAUUGAGAUCCUGGCUGCUGAGGACGGAAGCGGCGUGGGCGCUGCCCUCAUCGCAGCCCUGACGCUGGAGCGCGUCAAGAAAGGAAAUAUGCAUGGCAUUCUUCACCCGGAGAACUUCAAAUAG